AUGACCAAGCUCUACAGCAGUCAAGAUCCCGAGGAAACAAAAGACGAAGUCAACCGGCUGCAACUCCAGCAUGAGCUCAUCGAAGCAUUCUGCAACGGCCUCGUCAAAGCCCCAAUUGACCUGACCCGUCCAGGCCAGCGGAUUCUUGAUUCAGCGACAGCUGAUGGCCACUGGAUGAGACGCAUGCAAACCAUCAUGCCCCCAGGGACCGAAUUUGUCGGAUUUGAUAUUCUACCCGUCGUACAAAACCCCAACAACCCCUUCCCCCCACAAAUCAGAACCGUCCUGCGCAGCGUGCUAGACCCCCUCCCAGCGGAAUGGACUAACGCCUUCGACCUCGUCCACCAGCGGCUCCUCCUCGUCCUGUUCUCCGACGAGGAAGUCGCUCGCAUUCUGCAAGGUCUCAUCUCUUGCGUAAAGCCCGGCGGGUGGAUCCAGCUGUUUGAAGGAAGCGGCAAACGCCUGCAUGACCCGCGGGCGAAAUACUUCGGGACGUUCUAUGAUCUGGCGGAGAGGAAGCUGCAGAAUAUCGAGGUAGGGGCGCGGCUGUGCGAUUCUCUGCGCAAGGCUGGAUUAGUCAAUAUCCAUCAUGAGACGGUGGAUUUUAAUAUCGGGUGCUCGAACCCCGACAAAGAGUUGGGGGAGAAGGGGGCGAGGAAUAUUCUAUCUAUCUUUGACAUGUGGCAGAAUGAAACAAGUCGCGAGGAAAUCGGUCUCUCGCAAGAAGAAUGGGAGAACUUGGGUCGUCUCGCGCUGGAGGACAUGAGGACGUACAGGACGGAGAUGCGGUAUCAUAUUGUCUGGGCACAGAAGCCGGUCGAUGAUUUUUAG